AUGGUACAAUCCAUGGCUUCUCUUAUCCUCGCACCCCUAGUCGUAUUCUUAUACCUAUCACUAGCAACAGCAAAACACUGGGACGUCGUAAGUUUAGGAGCCAAAGGAGAUGGACGGACAGACUCAACCAAUCCCUUCCUUAAAGCGUGGGCCGCGGCUUGUGGCUCGGCGCAGCCAGCCACAAUCUACGUUCCUCCGGGAAGGUACUUGCUCGGCCAGGCAAAAUUUUACGGCAGCCAAUGCAAAAACAGCCACAUCACCAUUCGUAUCGACGGGACACUCGUGGCUCCCUCAGACUACCGCGUUCUAGGAAACGCCGAUAACUGGCUCCUGUUUGAACAGGUGAGCGGGGUUUCGAUCUACGGUGGAACCCUGGACGGCCAAGGGUCCGGUUUGUGGGCUUGCAAGGCCUCCGGCUAUGGUUGUCCCCAAGGAGCUACGACACUAGAAUUCAGCAAAUCGAACAACAUCUUGAUCAGCGGACUAACAUCGGUGAACAGUCAAAUGUUCCACACGGUUAUCUAUAGCUGCACUAAUGUUAAGGUACAGGCAAUGAAGAUAUCAGCAUCAGCGAAUAGCCCAAACACGGACGGAAUUCACGUUGAGUCCUCAUCGACCGUCUCGAUUUACAAUUCUAUGAUUGCUACCGGGGAUGACUGCAUCUCGAUCGGUCCAGGCACUACCAAUUUGUGGAUUGAGAACAUUGCCUGCGGCCCUGGCCACGGUAUUAGCAUUGGAAGUUUGGGAAAGGAGUUCCAGGAAGCUGGAGUGCGAAACGUGACUGUUUCCAGAGUUACGUUUACGGGCACGCAAAAUGGAGUGAGGAUAAAGACUUGGGCGAAGCCGAGCACGGGCUUCGUUACCGGUGUCGUCUUCCAGCAUGCUACUAUGGUCAAUGUCCAGAAUCCCGUAAUCAUCGACCAAAAUUAUUGCCCGAAUAACGAAGGUUGCCCCAAUCAAGCUUCGGGCGUAAGAAUUAGCGACGUGACGUACCAGGACAUACACGGGACAUCAGCGACAACAGUGGCUGUGAAUUUCGAUUGCAGUAAAGAAUACCCAUGCAACAGGAUAACACUGGAAGACGUGAACCUCAGCUACGGGAAUAAACAAUCCCAAGCUUCUUGUGCCAACGUUGAAGGAAGUGCUUCUGGCUUGGUUACACCCUCAAGCUGCUUGUAG